GACAUCAGACAUCAGACAUCGGACAUCGUACACGGGACAUCAGGCGUCACACAUUGGACAUCAGAUAUCGCACACCGGACAUCAGACGUCGGACAUCGGACAUUAGACAUCCGACAUCGGGCCACAGACAUCAGAAAUCGGACCUCAGACAUCAGACAUCAGACAUCGGACAUCAAAUACAGCACAUUAGACAUCAGUCAACAGUCAUCUGAAAUCGGACAUCGGACAUUGCACACCGAACACCAGACGUCAGAUCUCACACAUCAGACAUCAGACAUAAGAUAUCGGAGCUCAGACAUCAGACAUCGGACAUUGAACAUCAGACAUCAGACAUCGGACAUCAGACAUUGGACAUCGGACAUCGCACGUGGCACACCGGACAUCAGACGUCAGACAUCGGACUUUACACAUGAGACUUCAGACAUCAGACAUCGGACAUCAAAUAUCGGACAUCAGAAAUACAUACAUACAUACGAAACUUUAUUUAACUCCGGUUUUAAGCAUAGCCUAAAGGCUAGUAUCUCCAAUGAAUUACACGAACAACAUCACACAUAAACAACAUUUUAACAUGAAAACACAAACUGGUGGUUAGUAAACGUCUAAUUUAUGAUACUAUGGGAAAAAAUGAAAACGCCUAAAUUCCUUCAUACCAGUGGUUCUCCUACAAGAACCAGGAAGCGAGUUCCAAUAUCAGACAUCAAACGUCGGACAUCGGACAACAGACAGCGGACAUCAGACGUCAGAAAUCGGACAUCGGACAUUAGAUAUUAGGCAUCAGGCAUCAGAUAUCACACAU